CUAGCUAACCUUAGCUCGACACUAGGCCAAAGGCCUCGGUGUAGUGAUGUAAUGUUGAUCGCUAGCUAAGUUAAGGGGGUUCCUACUUGCUAGUACUGUAAACCUAACUCUAACAUUUGGCAACAUUAUAAUGUAUUUGUGCGUGUUGGGUGCGAUAUUAGAUCAUGGCUAGCAGGAGAAGCGGCAGCCCCAGAAGGAAGAAGGAGAUUGCAGAGCAUCAGAAGGAACGGAGACGCGAGCUCCAGGCGCGCCACCGCGCCACACUGGCUGGUCUGUUUGAUAGCUUGAGAAACGUCGUGUGCCCUUCAGAAAAAACUCCGGCAAAGUGGAAGAUUCUGCACCGGGCCAAAGAGUUCCUGCAGAAACAGGAGGCUUGCUUAGAGGAGCUGCUAUCGCUGAAAGACAGCUUCCCGGCGGACACGGACGGGCCGCGCACCUUGCAGGAAGUGAGAGAGGAGUACCGCCGCCUGCACUGCCAGCGCAGCUGGAGGCCGGGUUGGACGGGUCGAGCUGGUUCUGGUCCGGCUCUGCUUGAGGACUCAGACAGCAGCAGCAGUGAGGAGGACCCGGGGGAGAUCCUGGGCAUGUCCCGGGACAGCAGCACCUCCGUACCCAACAUCCAGGAGUUUGAGGGGUACCUGCUGUUCUACAGGCAGACGGUGGACCGGCUGGUGGGGGCGGGGGUGUUGCCCCCAGGGCAGACGGGGGUCCCUGUGGUGUCAGAGACCAUCGCUGGCCUGUGGCAGAGCCUGCCCCCAGAGUACAGGGCCUCCCUCCAGCCCUGCUGCCCCCGGCCUGCCCCGCUGCCCCCCACCCCGCCCUGCUCCUCCCAGGACAGCCUGGCCGCCCCGGGCUCUGCCUUCCAGGAGGACUUGCUGCAGGACGCGUAUGACGUGGUUCAGAGAGAGCUGCACCUGUCUCCAGGUGACAGCCCGGAGAUGGAGAUGGACCUGCAGACUCAGAGUCAGCUCUGCAGCAGCAUCAUGGCCUUCAUGCAGACCCAGCUCUCACAGGUGAGGGAGAGGAGGGUGAGGAAGAGCAGGGACGAGUGGCUGGCUGCAGACGAGGAGGCGGGGUUUCUGAGGUGCACCGAAACCUUCGACGACGACUUAUAA